UACACAGGGUUUCAAGAUUCUGAGACACACGAGAAGAAGAAACAGGAGGCAAAAUGGCAGCGUUCAUCAGAGGCGUGGUAUGUCUAGUUUCCACAGAACGACAUGCUUUUUUAACAAAGAAGACUUGUGUAAUCGAGGAGUCAAAACGGUAUGUUCGCGGGCUGAGGCGGAAACCCGUUAAGGUUUUAUUUUCCGAAAAUGAGACAGGUAAGGUAGUGAGACCGCCUCCGGAGUCUCAUCAGCUAGCAGCUAAGAAAAGUCUAAAGAACCACAAUGAAGCAGAACUCACUUCUGCAGCACAUCAUGCCGUGAAAAGCAGCCCUGCUAAAAAAAGGAUUAAUGUGCAGUCGACUGCAAAGCUCCCAGAAGAUAUGGGUUCAAGAGACCAGGUAGAUGGAUUGCUCUUUGAAAAAGCUUCUCCAGGAGAUAAAAGACUGGCGAGGUUGGUGAGUGUUGCUCGAUCUAGAAAAUUUAGGGAGCAACAAGGCAAAAUCCUCCUGGAGGGCAAGCGUUUGAUCUGUGAUGCUCUGGAUGCUGGUGCCAAACCACAGAUGGUAUUCUUCAGCACGGUGGAUCGGCUUAGAGAGCUGCCGCUUGAUAAGCUUAAAAUGGCAACUUUAGUCAAAGUCAAGUUUGAGGACAUCAAGCUCUGGUCUGACCUUGUAGCCCCACAAGGAGUUAUUGCCAUAUUUUCUCGCCCGGACCCGUCACGGCUGAACUUUGCAAACAGAAGUCAGUCAGUGCCACUGUCCCUGAUAUGUGACAACAUUCGAGACCCUGGUAAUCUUGGGACAAUGCUGCGCUGUGCAGCUGCUGCUGCCUGCCAUAAUGUCCUCCUCACCAAGGGUUGCGUUGAUGCUUGGGAGCCUAAAGUCCUGCGCGCAGCAAUGGGCGCACAUUUCCGCCUUCCCAUUUAUCCCAGUGUGGACUGGGAUGAUAUUGAAAACCAUCUUCCAAAACCAGUGACCGUCCAUGUGGCUGACAGCAGCUGUGGCCCUGACAGAGGGAGAGAAACUGAAGAUAACGGGACUCAUAAUCUGACCAAAGCAGGAGCCUACGGCUGGGUCAGCUCAAGGUCUAAUCCUAACAAAAUGCUCUAUGAGGAAUAUGAUUCUGAUCCAGACUCCGAUUCAGACUCUGACUCUGAACAUGAGGCAGUUUCACUUCCAAGAGUGAACAUUAAAUUGUAUCAUGAGAGCUGGGCUAAGAGUCCCGCUGCUCUGGUGGUGGGUGGUGAGACACACGGUCUGAGCCUAGAAGCAGUUCAGUUAGCUGAGAAGACAGAUGGUUACAGACUCUUCAUUCCUGUUGCCCCUGGUGUGGACAGUUUGAAUUCGGCCAUGGCAGCCAGUAUUCUUUUGUUUGAGGGCAGGAAGCAGCUUUCACAACUACAGCAGGGAUCUGGGAAGAAAUCUAAAACUAAAAGGCAGGCUUCAUGAUGAUUCCUCUAAAUGUGAAACUAAGUUGAAUAAAUAUAACAUUUCACAUGUCCUGUUUUGUAAUAAAAUCCUCAAUUUAAUUUAG